UUUGCGAAACGUCAACACGGGGGCGGCGAGCGGCUGUGGUACGCUGUCGUUUUGUCGUCGUCGUGCGUCUCUUCCUUGUGUUGGUUGGUUGGUGGGUGCUGGCGGCGGCGGCGGCGGCGCCGGUGGUCGUGUCGGCUUGCUGUGUCCCGGGAUGACCGCGCCUCUCAGCUUGGGUUUAAUUGACUGAGGGAACGAGGCUGAAACCGUGUGGGCCAUCUCCGCUCAGGUCCUUCUUCAAGUGCUGCGAUCAAUAAAGGGGAAAGUUAUGACUUCAUCACAGCUCAGGCAAAACCUGACUCUGCCUGAAGUCUUAACAUACUUAAAACAUUUGGCCCAAGUUCACAAACUGGAAGCAAUUAUUAAUGGUGUCAAAAGUGAAUUAGAUUGGCAGUUGAAAGAACAGUUUGAAGAGCCAUGGAGAAAACGGAGGAAUUAAUCUGUCAGUCCUUCUGUGCUUCAACAGUUUUAUGAAUUCUGACUUCUGAAAGUCUUUCUGCCAUAUAUAAUGUAUAAUGCUACCAUACAUGUACUGAUACCCUUGAACCAAAUGGAAAAACAAAAGAAUAUCUGCUUGCUGGAUCACUUGAUGCUUGAACCAAAAUAAAAGUUGUGCUGGAACAACUAAGCCUGACAGUUGUGAAGGAGCCAGUGGAAUAAGAGCAUGGCUAUGAGCAAUGGGAAUGGUGACUUCAUGGUUCAGAGCAAUGGCAGUGUCCCAUCAAAUGCUAACGGUAACAGCGUCCCUGCAGCCUGUGAUGGAGACCACCUCUCCCAACAUCUGUCAUCCAAGGAGACCUCAAGGAGAAAAGUGAGUCAGAACAGUAUGCUGCCAUAUGGUAUGGCCAAGCCAUCCACCCUCUUUCCAGAGAGCACGAUAAAUAACCAAAGACCUACACUGCAAUGUUGCCAUCAUUGUCCAUUCCACCAUCCGUUGUGUUGUCAUGGUAACCAACCAGAUUGCCAUUCCUUGGGAAGUACCACCGUCACUUCUCCAUUGACCCCCUCCUGCCUGCAGCCUCACUCUGAGUACCCGACAUCUGUGUGCCAAAACAAUCCCCAUAACCAUUCGGCUGGCUGCUGCCAUCAGCCAACCUCACCUCUCAUCGAUCACACUCCGCUUUGUCUGCAUCAUCGCUGGCCCGACCAUUUCCAGCAUCAGCCUCUGCAGCAGCAACACAUCUCAAACAUCAGACCUCCAAGGCCGUUCCGAUUUCCUAGAAGUUAUGCAGCUCUGAUCGCUGACUGGCCAGUGGUGGUACUGGGACUCUGCACAGUGCUGAUAGUUAUAUGUGCGUUGGUUGGAAUCCUGGUGCCUGAUCUUCCAGAUUUCUCUGAUCCACUGCUGGGGUUUGAACCCAGAGGGACAACAAUCGGCCAGAGGUUGGUCACCUGGAAUAACAUGGUGAAGAACACAGGGUAUCAAGCGACCCUUGCAAAUUAUCCUUUCAGAUAUGCAGAGGAACAAGCCAAGAGUCACCGAGAGGACAGGUGGUCAGACGACGCAUAUGAGAGGGACAAACGACAGGCAGAGUGGAAUUUCCACAAGGACAGUUUCUUCUGCGAUGUUCCAAGUGACCGGUAUUCGCGGGUGGUGUUUGCCUCAGCUGACGGGGAGAACAUGUGGCGGAUGCAAUCAAUAAAAUCCAUGUGCAAUCUUGACAACACCAAGAUCCGAUCACACUUUCAAUUUGGGGACCUCUGCCAGAGAGCGUCAGCUGCCUCCUGCUGCCCCAGCUGGACACUGGGCAACUACAUCGCCAUCCUCAACAAUCGUUCCUCAUGUCAGAAAAUCACUGAGCGGGAUGUGGCCCAUACCCUGAAGCUGCUCCGCUCCUGUGUCAAGUAUUACCACAACGGGACGUUGGGGCCCGACUGCUGGGACAUGACCACCCGGCGCAAAGAUCAGCUCAAAUGCACAUCGGUGCCCCGCAAGUGCACCAAGUACAAUGCAGUCUACCAGAUCCUCCACUACCUGGUGGACAAGGACUUCCUCAGCCCCCAGACACUGGACUACGUGAUUCCAGCGUUGAAGUACAGCAUGCUGUUCAUCCCCACCGAGAAGGGGAAGAGCAUGAUGGACAUUUAUUUGGACAACUUUGAGAACUGGAAUUGCUCGGAUGGUAUCACCACCAUUGCGGGCAUCGAGUUUGGGAUCAAGCACAACUUGUUCCAGGACUACCUUCUGAUGGAUACAGUGUAUCCUGCCAUAGCCAUUGUGAUUGUCCUCCUGAUCAUGUGCAUCUACACCAGGUCUAUGUUCAUCACCCUGAUGACUAUGUUUGCCAUCAUCAGUUCCCUCAUUGUUUCCUACUUCCUCUACCGGAUAGUCUUUGGCUUCAAGUUCUUCCCCUUCAUGAACCUCACUGCCCUGAUCAUCCUAGUGGGGAUCGGGGCCGACGAUGCCUUUGUCCUGUGCGAUGUGUGGAACCACACUAAGUUCGACAAGCCCCAGGCGGAGCUGGUGGAGACCAUGAGCAUCACCCUCAACCACGCUGCCCUCUCCAUGUUUGUCACCAGCUUUACCACCGCCGCUGCCUUCUACGCCAACUACGUCAGCAACAUCACUGCCAUCCGGUGCUUUGGGGUAUACGCCGGCACUGCCAUCCUGGUCAACUACGUGCUGAUGGUGACCUGGCUGCCAGCAGUGGUGGUGCUGCAUGAGCGCUACCUGCUGCACCUGUUCCAGUGUGGGGACGGGCGGGCACGGUACCACGGCUGGCCCGCCCAGCUGCAUCACCGGCUCCACCGCCUCCUGCAGGCCGCCUCCCACACCUCCCACGUCUUCUUUGAGAAGGUACUACCGUGCAUCGUCAUCAAGUUCCGCUACAUCUGGCUGUGCUGGUUCCUGGCGCUGACCGUGGGUGGCGCGUACAUCGUCUGCGUUGACCCCAAGAUGAAGCUGCCCUCGCUGGAGCUGUCCGAGUUCCAAGUCUUCCGGUCAUCCCACCCCUUCGAGCGCUACGACGCCGAGUUCCGCCGCCUCUUUGUCUUCGAGCGAGUCCACCACGGCGAGGAGCUGCACAUGCCUAUCACCCUGGUGUGGGGUGUCUUGCCAGUGGACACCGGCGACCCCCUCAACCCCCACAACAAGGGACGGCUGGUGCUGGACUCCACCUUCAACGUGGCCAGCCCGGCCUCCCAGCUGUGGCUGCUGCACUUCUGCCAGCAGCUGAGGAACCAAACCUUCUACCGGCAGAGCGAGGAGCAGGACUUCACCAGCUGCUUUGUGGAGACCUUCCGGCAGUGGAUGGAGAACCAGGACUGUGAGGAGCCCAGCCUCUACCCCUGCUGCAGCCAGUCCACCUUCCCCUACAAGCAGGAGGUCUUUGAGCUGUGCAUCAAGCGGGCCAUAAUGGAGCUCGAGCGCAGCACAGGCUACCACCUGGACAGCAAGACCCCCGGCCCCCGUUUCGACAUCAACGACACCAUCCGGGCUGUGGUGCUGGAGUUCCAGAGCACCUACCUCUUCACCCUGGCCUACGAGAAGAUGAGCCGCUUCUAUGCCGAGGUGGACGCCUGGGUGUCGGAGGAGCUGAGAGGAGCCCCCGCUGGACUCAGCCAGGGCUGGUUUGUCAGCGGCCUGGAGUUUUUCGACCUGCAGGACAGCCUGUCUGAUGGCACCCUGGUAGCCAUGGGGCUGUCGGUGGCCGUGGCCUUCGGCGUCAUGCUGCUGACCACACGCAACCUGGUGAUCAGCCUCUACGCCAUCGCCUCCAUUGCCGGCACCAUCUUCGUCACCGUUGGCUCCCUGGUGCUGCUGGGAUGGGAGCUCAACGUGCUGGAGUCAGUUACCAUCUCGGUGGCUGUGGGUCUGGCCGUCGACUUUGCCGUACACUAUGGGGUGGCCUACCGGCUGGCCCCUGAGGCCGAUCGUGAGGGCAAGGUGGUCUUUUCGCUCAGCCGCAUGGGUUCAGCGAUCGCCAUGGCUGCGCUGACCAGCUUUGUAGCAGGGGCCAUGAUGAUGCCCUCCACUGUGCUAGCCUACACCCAGCUAGGCACCUUCAUGAUGCUUAUCAUGUGCGUUAGCUGGGGCUUUGCCACCUUCUUUUUCCAGUGCCUGUGCCGCUGCCUGGGGCCACAGGGCUCCUGCGGGCAGAUACCCUUGCCCCGCCGGCGGAGCCCGCCCCCCUCCACCCCCCACCACACCACGCCCAGCGGGGGGCCCCGGCCCGAGGGCUUUGAGCUGGAGCCGCUGGCUGGGGGACCCAAGGGUGUCGGGAUGUCUGACCCCUGGCUCUUCAAUGGGAGCCGGGCACCUGCCUACCAGCCUGCCACCCCUCCUCCUGCCACUGGGACUGAGCAGCCCUCUGGGGUACUCGGGGGAGAAGGGCGGAGGGCAUAACCACAUCAAUCCCCAUUAAAGACCUGCAGGGGAACUACGGACACAACCAGUGGGAUCUUGGGGGCCAGUGAUCCAACCCAGGGACAACUGGGGCCAGUGCACACUCUGCAACCAGUGGCACCUCAGGAGCCAGUGGAUCCUCCCAACUCAGGAACAACUGGAUCCAGUGGACCUUCCCUUGGCCUGGGGGUAACUGGAUCCAGUGGAGCCUCUCCAAGCCCAGUGGCCAAUGGAGAAGUGUGUAGACAGUCCUGCAGACUGUCUCCAUUCCUGGGAGCCUCUGUGCCCCUCCCAGGGCCAUGGAGAAGUGUGCAUGUUAAAGCUGACUGACAGAGCUCCUUCUGGACCUCCUAUUGGCCCCAGCCUCCACUUCCAGCCCCUUGUGAAGGCAAUUCCUCAGGACAGCACGAACCAAAACCCAGGCAUCUCCCCCUGCAGAGACUGGCAGGGCCCUGGUGAACAGACUGCCCCUUGCAGUUGCCCACCCAGCUGAAGCAGGCUGUGGAUGACCACAGUCAGUCCUCAGGAUGCAGGGAGGUGUCCCGGUGACUGAUCUCCCUCCGUCACCAUAGCAAAGUGCAAUUGUGUCCACAUCACUCUUCCAAAGGCUAACAGAACCCAUGUCCACUGUCUGGGUUAGACAUCCCAUCUAAACCGCGAGCUGCCCGUGAACAAUGCUGGGGAGCUUGAACUCGAGGCAGAAGCACGUCGAACGAGUGGGGUGAGAUGUUAUCAAGGCAAAAAAAUCCAGCUAUUAAAGGACAUGUGGGUCGAAGCUUGUGCCACGAUAAAGGUAUCUCUUUGUGUUUUCCCCAACUUAUUUUCUCCCACUUUAUAACCAACAACCCCACCACCAGCCCCACCAUCAUCAUUCAUUAGUCUCAGUGUCCUUCAGCAGACUAGCAGUUUUUCCGCAUCAGGCUGUUUUCGCUCUACCUCUGUUAGUGAGGAGACUGGGAUCUGAUGUCACUCACCUCACACCGAGAGGCAGAAGUGAGGGUUGUCCAUGGUGUUGCUCCACCACUCGACAGCUGGCUCUCCACCUCAAUGGCAGAUUACCUCUUCCCAACCCCUUGGGGACCUUGGAAGUAGGAAUUCCAGCUGGGCUUCUCAUCUUGGUUUUCCCCCAGCACUUGGAGAUGGUCCUAGUGUCACAUCUAUUAUAUUUGUUCAAUCUUUGCACCCAUCUCUACCACCCCCCACCCCACCCAGUCUGGGUGGGAGACAGGACUGAACUCUCACAAUCAGUUUCCCUGUCCUUUGCUUUAUCUCCACCACCAGACCAUGCACCACAGGUAAUCCAUCAUGGCCCACUUGCUGUCUUCCCUUGACCAGGUGCAGUCUGGUGCUAAGAGGAAGGUUCCACACCUUGUUUGUGGAGGAAUCAUCUAUAGAAUGACAUUCAUAGAGCAGGUGAAGGUUUCAUUGUCCAUUUUUCCUCCCUCCACCUCUUUCAGCUUCUUGCAGUGCAAAAGCUGGUAUCAAUGUGACUCUCCACACCUGUCAUUGGAUCUCUGGGUGGCUUCUGUCUUACAGUGGAGGAACUCUGCAGCGGACUGUGUCCUUAAGCAUUGAUCAAUCCUGUCCAACAUCAGGGCACUCAUUUAUCAAUACUCAGUCCAAUUUAUUCAUUUGACCAUCUGAUUAUUAACACCUAACAUCAAGUCUUUGAUCAUGGCACCAUUCUCUCAGCUCCCAACCAUAAAACAGCUCAAGUCGACCAAACCUUUCAGUGCAUCAACACUACCUUCCCCUCCUCUCUCUACCAUUAUCUUGCUACUUGCAUCAGAUUUAACUGUGACCAUGUCACAUUUUUACACAUAGACUUUUGUACACAAACUGGGAUCAACUCCUGAUGAUCAGACCUCUGAACCAGUGUGCCGUCCUGUUCCCCUUUUCAUUUUAUUCUUCUUGACCUGAGUUGAGUAUUGGGAGAAUAAUUUAAUACUUGCAUUCUUAAUGUAUGCUUUAUGCUAUUUAAAAAAAGUUAUGACAGCUAUUAAACAAAAUAUUCCUAUUUGACAAG